AUGGAUGAAGAGAUCAUUAACUGUCAAAAUAAGUUUAACACAUCUUUUUAUCAAAAUAUUAAUCAAACGGCAAAUUGUGGUUCCGUUUGGGAUGGAGUAUACUGUUGGCCACCGACUGUUCCCAACACUACUGUCCAAAUGAAAUGUAGUGACAUAUUUGCCGCCGCUAUCGAACACUUCCAGCAUUACUCCACUGAUGACUAUAUGAAAUACUUUGCUUAUCGCAAGUGUUCAGACAGUGGACACUGGGAUUGGAACAGUUGGACCAACUAUACCGAGUGUCUCACACUUUUGGCACUUCAGGAUGAAAACAUAUCCCGAUUGUCAUCCAUAAAACAAGUGCUUAACUAUAUAGUGCUGACCUGUUCCCUGUGCUCGUUAGUGGCACUAGUAAUCGCGCUCAUCAUAUUUACAUGUUUUAAAUCCAUACAAUGCACCCGAAUCCGUGUCCAUAAAAACUUAUGUAUAGCACUAUUGAUGAAUUGUUGUCUAUUGAUUGUAAUGUCGUCACCGGUGGUAGUCGACAACGCUUCGUUACCUCAAAUUGACUGGUUGUGUAAAAGCUUAAAGGCUUUGAAUAUUUAUUCAUUGAUGGCAACCAUACUAUGGAUGUUCAAUGAGGGACUCCUACUACACACUCGUCUUUAUGUUUCUCCAUUCAAAAGCAAUACAAACUCUUCAUUGGCUAUCUAUUACAUAAUUGGUUGGAUAUUUCCAGCCUUAAGUGUACUGCUUUGGGCUAUGGUUUUAGAGUUUGCAUUAGAUUUUGAAUCCCAUCAGUGUUGGCAGGGAUACGGUAAAAGUAAGACUAUAUUUAUAGUUACCGGUCCUAUGUUGGCACUGUUGGUCAUAAACACUGGUUUUCUAAUUAAUAUAAUUCGCAUAUUGUUUGUCAAACUCAAACACGACAACAACAGAGAUAAAGUAACAUCAAAAACAAUUAAAGCAACCGCACUGUUGAUACCAUUAUUAGGUAUUCAACAUUUGUUGUUUUGUAUAAAUCCAUCGACAUUUAACUUAUAUCUCGAAAGUUUUUAUAUUAUUAUCAAUGGUUUAAUACAAUCAGUUCAAGGAAUUACAGUUACAAUUUUGUAUUGUUUUACAAACCAUGAGGUGAGAGCAGCUCUGAACAGCGCUUGGUCUCGAAGACGGAUUAGCCAUAACUUUGGUCUCUAUAGUAGUAGUAAAAAGAGGCGACAGAGCAGCGCAUCGUCCACUUCGAUGACAUUGGCUAAGGAUAAGGUGUUGUGUCCUCUGUUUUACAAUCAACCCAUUAACUAAAAAACAUACCUCUCAUCUCAUCUCAAAACAAAUAUAUUAUAUUUUAAUAUAAUAGAU